AUGGAUCACAUUAAAAGUGAAAUUAAGAAAGCACCUUUUGUAUCAAUUGCACUUGAUGCAACCACAGAUGUAGCAAACUUAAGUCAAUUAUCCACUGUUGUGCGAUAUGUAUUGGAUGGCAUUCCUGAAGGGCGAUUCUUAGGAUUUUUAGACGUCACUAGCGAACGAACUGCAGAUGCAUUGUUUAAAAUUGUUUGUGAAAUUAUUUCAAGUUUAGAAUGUGGUUCUAAGCUUGUUGGCCAGAGCUACGAUGGUGCUGCCGUAAUGGCUGGCCAUUUAGGAGGCCUUCAAGCUAAAGUAAAAGAGAAGUUUAAACAUGCAAUUUUCGUUCAUUGUAUAGCACAUAGACCUAAUUUGAUUUUAUUGCGAAACAUGGAUAAUAUUAAAGAUUGCAAAGUUUUAUUUUCGACGCUUAGUUGUUUGGCUUCCUUCUUUUCAAUGUCAUCAAAAAGAACUGGCGCUUUGGACAUUCACGUUCAAAAAAGGUUUCCAAAAGUUGCUCCGACGCGAUGGAACUACAAUGGACGUUUAGUGCAAACAGUGUUUCAAUUCCGUGAUUCUUUGAUACACUUUUUUCAAGACUUUUGUGAUAAUAAAAAAACAUGGGAUACUGAAACUGUUACUGCCGCUAAAGGGUCGAGGAAAGAUAAUAGCAACAAAGAGGGAAUUUUUGUGAAGAAAUUGUGGAGUCAGAACAGAUUGAAUAGGAGAAUAAUAAUAAUGAAUGCAGAAAACGAUGAAAUAUCUUACAAAGAAAAUAAGGAAAUAAAAAGGCGGAAGAGUAGAGUAGAUGACGAACCAGAGAUAUACAGAGAGCCGGUUAGAAAUUGCAGAGUAUCUCAAAAUGAAAAAUAUUAUGAUGCUAUUUUAAAGAAUUCGUUUAAACCGAAGAUGUCUCUAAUGAUUCAUGGAUUUAAUAAUGUGUUUGGUGAAUUAAAGUCAGAAAUUCUUGAAAUGACUGAAAAAAAAAAAAAAAUUGAAACAUUUCGUGAAACUACUAACGUAGCUACUGAAAAACCAUCUUAUUCGCAAAUUAUCGGCAGUAAAUUUAUGGUGGUCAUUAAGCCCGUUGCUACUAAUCAAUCAAAUACGCAAAAUAAAUCAGAUAUCGUGAAAAAUAUAGAUCCUCUUCAUCUUAAUAUACAGGUAUCUCAUGUGAAACAAAUUAAGGAUGGAGGCAUUUUGAUUGGAUGCAAAAAUCAGGAGAAUGCCAAUAAUUUUAGAAAUAUGACUAAACAAAAGCUAUCUUCUCAGUAUAAAAUUUCCGAGGCAAAAAAAAUUGAAACAAAAAUUAGAAUUGUUGGUUUGAUGGAGAACUACGAAGUAGAUGAUAUUGUAACACAUCUUAAAGGUCAAAAUGAUGUUUUCUCGGAGGAUAACCAGUUGAAAGUUUUAAAAGUAUGGCCUACCAAUAAUAAUCCAGAUGUCUUUCAAGCCCUCAUUUUAGUGGAUGCUCUUACUUUUGGACGUAUUAUGGAUCGUGAUCGGUUGUUUGUUAAUUAUGAUUCAUGUAAUGUGUUUGAUGCAACUGGUAUUAAAGUACGUUUAAGUGUAGUGGUUUCAAUAAUCGUCAAUCUAACUGCUUAA